CUCGUCCUCCACUGCCUUAAGUUGCAGAAUCUCACUCCCUCAUUCUCUGUCUCUCCUUCUCUCUCUAACCAAAUAUCUACAAGUACAAAUGCUUACACUGAAUCUCAACACCACUGUCCCUUUCUCCAAAUCCACCCAUCACUACCCCAUUAAUGCCUCCCCCUCUUCUCUUCUCACCCCAAACACCAGAUCCCACACCUCAUCUUCUCCCCUCCAAUCACCCACCAAAUCUUCAGUCUUCCCAAGAAUCCAUUCCCACUCAUACCCUUUCAGUUUCUCUUCAAAACCCACUUCCCAAAUUUUUGGUUUGACCCCGAAGUUCCCAUCUUUGUUCUCCUCCAAACCCAAACUCCAAACCCCCAAAGCUUCCUCUUCUUCUACUUCAGAACCCAACUCCAAUGAAGAAACCAAACCCGCAGUUCCAAAGCCUAAGGCCACAACUCGCCAGCUUGCCCUGAUUUUCGGUCUCUGGUACUUCCAGAACAUUGUCUUCAACAUUUACAACAAGAAGGUUCUGAACAUUUUCCCAUUCCCAUGGCUUCUGGCUUCGUUUCAGCUCUUUGCCGGGUCUGUUUUUAUGUUGGUUCUCUGGUCCCUGAAGCUCCAGCCCUGCCCGAAAAUCUCGAAAGCAUUCACUGUUGCUCUCCUUGGCCCUGCAUUGUUUCAUACGAUAGGCCACAUUUCGGCUUGUGUCUCGUUCUCUAAGGUGGCUGUGUCCUUCACCCAUGUCAUCAAGUCAUCAGAGCCGGUUUUUUCGGUGGUGUUUUCGUCCUUCUUAGGGGAUACUUACCCUCUACAGGUCUGGCUUUCGAUUCUCCCUAUUGUUAUGGGUUGUUCUCUAGCUGCUGUUACUGAGGUGUCAUUCAAUUUGCAAGGCCUGUGGGGAGCUUUGAUUAGCAAUGUGGGGUUUGUAUUGAGGAACAUUUACUCGAAACGGAGCUUGCAGAGCUUUAAGGAAGUAGAUGGAUUGAAUUUGUAUGGUUGGAUUAGUAUAAUUUCUCUGUUUUAUCUGUUUCCUGUGGCUGUUUUCGUUGAAGGUCCGCAAUGGGUUCAAGGGUAUCAUAGAGCUAUUGCAUCUGUGGGGAAGCCAUCUACAUUUUACUUGUGGGUGUUGUUGUCUGGAGUGUUUUACCAUCUGUAUAACCAGUCGAGUUAUCAGGCUCUUGAUGAGAUUAGCCCUUUGACAUUCUCGGUUGGAAACACAAUGAAGAGGGUGGUGGUGAUUGUGUCUACUGUGUUGGUGUUUAGAAAUCCAGUUAGGCCUCUUAAUGCACUUGGGUCUGCUGUGGCGAUAUUUGGGACAUUCUUGUAUUCGCAGGCAACAGCUAAGAAGAAAAAGGAAGCGGAAAAGAAGAACUAGAAAUAGGCCUCAGUUUGUCUGUUGUAGGUGCUUAAUUUUUGAGUUGGUAAAACCGUAAAACUAUGAACUUGCUUUGGUUUGUUCAUCAUCUACCAAAUUUUAAUUUUAUUUCCA